UAACUUAACUUAAUUUGGCUACAUGUAUAAAGUUAUUAUUUAAAGCUAAUAAAUUUCUUUUUCAGGUCAGAUAACUCCAGAGCCAUUGCCAGAAUUUUUAGCUCCUUUGGAGAAUCACACAGUGAUCCAGGGCCGUGACGUCUUCUUUACUUGCGUCGUCAAUAAUUUACAUUCGUACAAGGUAGCUUGGAUGAAAUCCGAUUCUCGAGCAAUCUUGGCGAUACAUACGCAUUUAAUAGCGCAUAAUCCACGGCUGUCAGUUACACAUAAUGGGCACAAUACGUGGAAGUUACAUGUGUCAAAUGUUCAAAAAAAUGAUUCCGGUGCUUAUAUGUGCCAAAUAAACACCGAACCUAUGCAAAGUCAGAACGGUUACAUGGAAGUGGUAAUACCACCGGAUAUAAUGGACGACAAGUCUGCCGAGGGUAUGGUAACUCACGAAGGUGGUGAAAUAAGGUUGAAAUGUGUUGCAACUGGCUCACCGCAGCCUACUGUCACAUGGAAACGAGAAGAUGGCCGGAACAUUAUUCUUCGCGAAGAUGGACAGAAACAAUCGUUAAAAACUUAUGUGGGUGAAACGCUAGAAUUGACCGGAGUUCUUCGACAAGAAAUGGGCACUUAUCUUUGCAUAGCCAGCAACAAUGUGCCUCCGACUGUCAGCAAACGUUACUCUGUACAAGUUCACUUUGCACCUGUUAUAAAAGUAACAAAUCAACUAGUAGCAGCACCGGUCGAGAGUGACGUUGUUCUUCAAUGCCAGGUAGAAGCUUCGCCACAAGCAUUAAAUACUUGGCACCAAAAUACUGGUGAAAAGCUGCUGCCCAGUGAAAAAUAUAAAAUGUCAGAAUACGCGUUGAACGAUUACUCUUGGCAGAUGAAUCUUACUGUCAAUUCUCUGGAAAAAAGGGACUUUGGAGAAUACGUUUGCUCGUCCGUAAACGCUCUUGGAAAAGCUGAUGGUAUCGUUCAUUUACAAGAACUACAUCUUGUCGCGAAAACAACUCCCAGUCCUUUUGUGAAAAUCACCGAUCAGAAACCAUCGAGAAAGAAACCUAUACUAAAAGGGAGAAAGAAGAACAGCAACAGCAACGGUAGAAGAAUCCAUAUGGGCAGCUUCGACGAUUUCGAUUCCUCUGGAAACGACGACGAUUUCAGUACUACGCAAAUCAUGGGUGGUAGCACACUUCAGGAAGGCCACAGAACAGAAAGGCCAUUGAUAUCACCAUCGCUACCCCCACCUUGGGUGAAUAUAAACACAGCCAAUUGCAGGCAUCACUUAGUACCGAUCACGCUAUUCUUUCCGUUAUUCAUUCUAACUAUGAUAUUUGUUCCUUAAAAUAUACAUUCUUACGAAGAAAAAGUUUAACAACGAAAUUCAUGCAGAUAAGAUUUGAAACGAUUCGGGAAUACUAUAGAGAAUAAUAAAUAUAUUUGAUUCGUUCUUUGUAGCACGAGACUAUGAAAAUGUGCUUGUAUUAAAAUAAAAAAUGUGGUAUUGCUUUUUACGAUUGGUACAUGUGACGGAGAGAAAACAAUUUAUAUAAUAAGUAUAAAAUUUUAUUCAUGUCACGUGACAACAAUAAUCCGAUUUCGAACGAUAGUACAAUUUAUGUUUAUCCAAGCAUUAUAGCAAAAGAAACAUAAGAACUAAAUGAGUAAGUUCUAUGACAAACUUUAUUAUUGAUUCUAAAGGAAAACUAAUAUUUUUAAUAUGACAAUUUUAUAGUAAAAGGCACAAAAAUUGAAACAAUCAACUAGAAUUCUGUAUUGAAAUUUUAAAAAUUUUCUUCUUAACGGUCCGAAAAAUAACAAUCAUUAAUAAAAAAAUAACUGUAAAUUAUUCGUGCUGUAUCUUAAUCUGGAAUACUGAUAAACAUUUCUAACGCAUAAAACAUACGGAAAGUUAUGUAAUAAAUAAUGAAUAUAUAUAUAGUACGUAAACAUAUAAUGGAACAAGUUACAAAGUACGUGUGCAAUAAUUACAAGGAUGUUAUAAAUAUACUCCUUUUCUGCUAUAAUAAUUCUUUUCCAGCUUUUAACCAUUUGCACAUUCUGUUCAAUAAAUAGUAUCUUCACAACGAAUCUAUUUAAUAUGAAAUUUUUUUUUUUAAUAUUUAUUGCUUUUCGUAUUUCUUGAAAUCACACCCACAAAAGAAGAACCGUAAUAUCGAGAUAUAAUCUUAAUAUUUGCUAUAUUUUGUCUCGCAGAUAAUAAUUUGUUGCUAAUGCAAACGAUAUUUACAACAAUACUAGUUCAAUUUUCUUUACGAUAAAUUGGAUCCUUAUUGAGCAACUUUAAUGUGUCUUUCAUACAGACUUCUAAAUAAUUAUCCCUACCCUUUAAUAUGUAGUAACAAGUACUUCAUAAUAUACCAUAAGAUUUUCUUUUUAUUACUCUUAUAUUAUGAUCCUCUUAUUUUACUGAAAUUAUUCUACAAGAGUAAAUAUGUUUAGUAUUAUGUAAUAGUUAUAUCGUUCUAGUUUUGUUCCGAAAAAUUUUACCAGCAUAUUGUAUAAGUAAAAUUAAGACGAAAAUGUUAUGUAAGCAGACUUCCUCAAAAGGUUACAACAAAAAUACGAAACGAUAAUGGACUGGUGUUUCAUCGACACAGCAUAAGAACACAUUGCCGAUAUCUGUUCAACACGGUUGCACAAAGUGUUUACUUGCUAAGGUCAACUUAAUUAGGUCAACCAGUUAAAUAACAAUUCCUCGGCCUCCCAGAUCACCAUAAAUCACGCCAAUGGAUGUUUACAUGUGCUCAUUGUGAACAAAAAGUUUAUUAAGUACAAGUUAAUACGCGUCAGGUGUUAAUGCAAAGGAUUCGUGACGUAUUUGUUGCAAUUAAAGGAAACGAAGAAACAAUCGGUACUGCGAUAGAUUCUAUUUUCCGCAGAUGCAUUAAGACGAUUCUUAAUAACCUGGUACAAGAAAGCAGCCCUUGGCAAUUUCGUAGUUUUGUUAUAGCUUUCUUAAACCAUUUAAGAGCCUAUGCCUACGUAACAUUUUCUUCUUAAUUUUAUGUAUGGGAUAUGUUGGUGAAGCUCGAAAACUGGAACUAUGUAAAGAUCAUAUGAAUCGAGUUGAACAAGGUAAACUGAAUUUAAUUAGUCUAAAGUGGGUUAAUUGUGUAAAUCAAUUUUAACAUAGUUUCAUGUUUAUCACUGGCUUUUACUGAUAACUGCAGUGAAUAUCACAAAUAAAUAACAUUGUAAUAUAAUUAAUGUUACAGAUAGCGCGAAUAAUUACAGAUAUUUAAUAAAUCUCACAUUGCUAUGACAAAUUAUGUUAGGACAACUACAAGUAUUUGAACAAAAAUAAAUGAAAAAUUCAUCGAUACACUUUGAAAUAUUCUUCUAACAGCCAUUAAUACAAGGUAACAAAUUUAUAAACUGUAUUAUUUAAAUCGUAUUAACGUAUUGAAACUUUGUUAGUUUGAGAAUGUACCAAUGCAGGAAGCAAGACGUAUUUCGAUAUGUUAAUUUAACAAGCUUGCAGAUGUUCCCGAUCGUUUCAGGAAAAGUUAAUUAAAUGGUACUGACAAUUGCUUUGUAAAACUGAUUACUCAUCAACGUUUACAAUGAAAUUGAUCUUUAGAAGAGGACAGUCAAUGGAAAUUAAAUUCUUAUGGAGACGAAAAAAAUAUAGGUCUUCCUUGCGUUCGACGUAACAAAGACGAAUAUAUACAUAUAUGUAUAUUUAGAUCUAACGAGAUAUAGUUAUUGUGGCGCGACCAACAUGAAAGCGUUUCUCUGAACAAUGUACUGUAAAUAUAUGAGUAGUGUUCAUGAAUUUCAAUUUACACAUCUGCUAGACUUCAACUGCGUGUAGAUCAACAAAUUAUAUUAUAUUAUAUUAUACACGAAUUUCACAUAAUCGUUAACAAAGUCUUCAUAUCAAAAUAAACAUUAUUGAUAUACAAACUAAGAACGUUCGAAACAUGAAACAACCAGCUUUAACGUACUCGAUGUGUCUACGCUUUAUGUUUGUGUCUUUUAAAAAAUUUUUUAAAUACAUUAUUUUUCUAUAUUAUACUAAUAAUUACUUUGCGCUAAAUUAAAAAGUACAUUCGCGCUUAUAAGAAAGAAACUACAUGUACAUGUACCACGAACCUCGUUCGUCUUGAAUCUUCCGUUGUUACUUAUUACACAGAAUGAAAAAUUUUAUUACAGUUUGCUCUACUACUAUCAUGUAUAGAAGUUGAACAAAAACAUUGCACAUAACAUCUCGACUUUAUAUGAAGACUUUUGAAAAAUAUUCUUACUACGUAACAAAUUUUUAUAUUUUUAUUAUUUGAACAUAAGAUACGUGGUCUUUAUCGUAGUUUGUACAACGUAUAAAUUCUAUUAUGAUCUAAUGCAAUAUAGAACGCGUAUCAUAUAUUCAAAGAUGUAUGUAUAAUUAUAAUUUUUAAAGUAUCUGCCUAAAUGUAAAAAGUUAUAAUGAUUUUGCAACGUGACUAGUAUCUCGAGCUUCGUGUUGAAACAAAGAGAUGCAAAAGUAAACAACUCCAUGGGAAUUAUCCGAUAUUUAUUUCAAUACAUAAUGCUUUCCAAAUUAAAAAUUCUUAAUUUAAAAAUUCAAUUAAUAUAACUUCCAAAAAUAUUUUGCAUUAUUUUCAUCGCUUUAUAUAAUUAAGUUAAAAGCUCUCAAUUGCUGUAAAUUAAUUAUUAAAUUCAUCUAAAAAUUCGUUUUGAGUUACGAACCACGAGCACUAAUUGCAAAUAAAAUACAGGAAUAUCUAUCUAUUACGUACCAAAGAUAUUUUAACACAAGUUUAACGAUAAGGAGUGCAAUGUGCGUAGGUGUGUGUACUUAUGGAAUCGCUAGAUAUCAAAACAAUGAAAAAUUUUCAUAUGCGUAAAUAUCAAAUGAAGCUUACUUUAUUUUUAAUGCUAUGUCAAAAAUGCCAGUUCUCGUGCAAUCUUACCUUACGCUGGUGUACAGAUUCGAGUAGACAGCAAGGAACGUUCAGUGCCGUAUCACGACAUUACUCGGUAAGCAGGGCUCGUAACGAAGAAUAUUCAAAAUCCACACGACGCGCGUGUAUCGUACAUGCAAGGUGCGACAACUCUAUGACAUUUAGCAAUUUGUAAAGUAUCGGACAAUCUGGCCAUUCACUGAAACCCACAGCGACUAAUCAAACACCGCCUCAAAGGACGUUCGAAUAGGAAGGGUAAAUGUAUUCUUUCUUUUUUGCAUAUAAAUAAUUCUCGUAAAUGAGUAAAUAAUUCUCAUGCACAUGAAAAAAUGCACGUACAAACUGCACACACUGUGAUUAGCAUAUUAUGAUCAUCAACGAGACAAGAAGUAUUUCGCAUGAAAAUAAUUCGAAAUGGCUACAUUCGAACCAUCUCGGAUUACACUAUAAGAAUAGUUGUGCUGUACAGUGAAUCAACUAACGAAUCUUCUUGUGUAUUUCACUCAUAUCGAUACUUCUCGUUCCAAGGCUUAUCAAACACCCAAAAUUCAAUAUCCAUACAUCGAUCACAUGUAUGUAAGAUGACCUCGCCAAAGGCGAAAUAGGUAAAUGAUAAAUUCAUAGCAUAGCUAUAUUUCACGCCGAACGCCAAAUAUUAAUAUAAUUGAAAAAGAAAGGUAACCUCAACUCCGUUGAUCUUGACCAUGAGAUUUUUUUUGUAGAGGGAAAGCUUCUGGAUGAUAUGCAGUUUGUCCGAGGCGUGACACGAUCGUGGUUCAAAAGUUAGAUUAGGUCUUUUGGGUCUGCGGGCCUUGGCUCCCCAGCUAUCCAUGAAAUCUAAUCUAACCUAAUCUAAUCUCUAUUAUUAUCACCCAUACUUUACCGUUAUUAGUAUCGCAAUCCCACGCAAACGUAUAUGCAAUUUCAUCUCUGACCACUUCUAUUGAAGUAAAUGGAAUCUAACAAGUUUCAUUUCCUUUUCGUCAUAACUUUUGAACGAUGAUCGUCCCACGCCGCGGACAAAGUGCGUGUUAUUCAGGACUGACAACUUGUCCGAAAUUAAAUAAAAUUGGAAUUGGUACCCCUUUUUCUUCGUAAUUACCAAAAGAGAAAACACUUUGAUUCCACAUUGCUGCUAUAUAUAUCGCACAUGUGGUGUAAUUUGCAAAUCCGUAAGUCUCUUUUUUAUAACAAUAUACACAUGUUUUUUUUUGUAACAAUAUACAUAUCUUUACGUGUGACGCACUGUAUUAAAUUUUCGGUAUAAUCGACCGUAUCUGCGUAAAAUGAAACGAGAUGUCGCGUGCGUAAGUGGCAAGUAUUGUGUGUGUCUGAAAUUUUUCGUUUGUUCUGCUUGCCAGUUAACAUCGGAAUACUUCGCGUCAACAUUGCUUCCCGUUUGUCCGAAUGUAUAAAGAUUGUAUAGGUGCAUGGAUUGAACGAGUACAAGCAUUUCUACAACAUAACAUAAACUUAAAUUUUUUAUAUAUCGAAAAAGAAGCCUCAAUCGAUAUUUUUGCACAUGAAACUUCUUCACUGUUUUGAUAUCUACGAUCAAUCCUGUAAGUAGAGUGCAUAUACUUUUUAACAGUCGCAUAAAACAUCUAGUUUUAUUUGUACAAUAUAUCUAUUUCUAUAUGAAAAUACUAUAAUUUAUUUUCAAUUAUUUAUUAAUUUAUUAUUUUUAGUUGAUUGAUUAAUUAAUUUUUAUUAAGAGAAAACCUUGUCAUACAGCUCUCAUUAUAUUUGAUUUCGAAACAAAAUAAAUAUGACAAAGCAUAAUAUUUAACAUUAAUUAGAUACAAAAACUCUAAAUAAAAAUUAUAUUUUUAAGGAUACAUGGCUAUGUGAUAUCCAAAUUACUAUCUAUACAUGAUAAUCGUGCUACAUAAACAACACUGUAAUUUAAUUAUGUUACAUAAUGCAAUCUUUUCAAUUAAUUCAACCGCUAAUUACUGUAAUCAUGAGUGUAAUUGAAUUACAAUGUAACUGAAUUACAGCUGAAAAGUCUGAAGAAAUAAGAUAAAUAUUUACAUAAUUUAUGUAUACGAUUUAUCUUCCGUUUUCCGUUCGUACGUGACUCAAUUUUAUGUUUAUAUUUUUCAGUCACAUUAUUCAAUUAUUUUGUGUAAUUAUACUUCAAUUACAACUAUGAAUUGCGUUGUAAUUUAAUUGAAUUAGAGAUCUGAAUUACGAAUUGCAAUGUAAUGGAAUACAAUGUAAUUGAAUUACUUUGUAAUUAUAACUCAUGGAGCAAUUUAAAUAAUUGUAAUAUUGCAUAGUUCUGCUAUAUAAAUCUUACAUAAGAAAACCAUUAUACUGAUAACAAUGAGAAUGGCAAAUCGUACAGCGCAAUUCUAAAUCUGUAAUUGGUAAAUAAAAGACAUGUGAAAUUCGUAUUACAGAAUUCUUUCUUUAGAUUACAUAAACGUGUCAUUCUGCUAUAAUUUAACUAACACGUCUUACGCUUGAAUGAAGUAUUUGAGUAAUUUUUUAUUUAUGUAUGUACUUAACAUACCGUAUAUUGCAAUAAUAUUGUUACAAAACUUAUACAUAGGUUACUUUAUAACACCAUGUUUCAAGUGGCAUAGAUUGAAAUUGAAACCACUGAUUUACUUUUGCAUCUCCUACGCUUUUAUCUGCAUUUUGGUUUACAUACAUUUUGCGAGUUAUGCAUAUUGUUACUAAAAUGCAAAUACAAGUUUAAAUAGAUCUUAGUAAAUAAUAAUACUAAUAAAAAUAACGAUAUUAAGUAUAAUCAUCGAGUUGAUUAUUACUGUAUCUUGUACGGUAAUAAUAAUUAAAGGAAUUGGUACUACGAUUUUACUUAUACCUAUAAUUUCAUCUUAUCAAUAAUGUUCUCUAAUAUUCUUAAAACAACAAACGUUUUUAAGUUCUUAGAAAAUAUUGUAAACAUACACUAUGCAACUAUUUUAAAAGUUAUAUAAGAUUAUCUUUAAACCACAAAUAAUAUGCACCUAUUAUGAAAAUUAUUUAUGUACAUUAAGAGCAAUAUGUGCAAUUUAACAAGUUUAAACGUAGAAAAUAUUUUUCAUCAGAAAUACUAUCCCGAAAAGAUCAUCGAAGCUUAUAUUGUUCAUUUUUGCCUUUCUUUUUUAACAAAGGAAUCAAAUACAAUAUUCACUUCCUCUAAUUUCUUUCUCAUCGUACCUAUUUUUCAUAAACCUUGGUAAAUUAAUUAAACGAAAUUUACAUAUAAAACUAUAUCAGUGAAAAUAAGCACGAGUGGUUUCAAACUUAGUUGCAUAAUGUAUAAUAUAUGUACCAAAUUGCGUAUAAAAUAACUCUUUGAAUGAAAAUAUCUCAGAUCUAUGUUAUACUUUUUAUACGUUAUCUACGGUGUCAUCUCGUAAGAUGUUCUUCAUUUUAAAACAAAUAAUCCUUUCCAGUAUAUUGUAAUUACACGUAUAGAUACGAAUACAGAUAUCAUACGUGUUAAUUUACUUUUUAAAUUUUCACUUUUAAUCCAUCCGAUAUUAGUCGUGCGUUAUGCAUCUUAUGCUUAUAUUUAUAUAGCGAAAGCAUCAUUGAACGUUACAUGCUACUCACCAUUUCGAAGAUUUAAUGAUACGUUAAAAGACGAUAUUCUUUAAUGCCGCUUGUAACAUUAAUCUUUAAAGAAGAAAUUUUAAACAAUUAUUAAAACUUUGAUUAGAUAAAGGUCGAUCACUAUUAUUUUAACUUGUCCUUUUGUUGAAAAUUUACUGGAGAGGAUUAGGUGUUUUAUUCUUAAAAACUGAUUUGUAGAUAUACGUAUAUAGACUUAAUUAUAAAUUUAUUUCGGUCGUUUAGUAAAAAAAGUUUAUUAGUUAAAGGAAAUUAUAAUACGUAGCAGUUUGCGAAAUGAAAUGCACGACAAUAAGUAUAGUAUAGUGAAGUUUCAUAUGAUUGAAACUAAAACUUAAAAACCUUCUGGGACAUAAUAUAAACGUUAUAUAUAAAACAAUAAUCUUUUAUUGUUUGAUCAUUUAUCAUCUGUUAUCAGUAUAAUAAUCUUCCACAUUUCCAGUUCUGUACGAUAUCAUUUGCUUUUUCUGUAUCAAUCUUUUCGGACCCACUGAAAAAUGUAAAAGUAGGUUAAUUAUAUCCGUAGGAGAGAGCAUACCUCACCGAUUUCAAUCAGCAUGAAAUACAUUGUCAAUAUCGUCAUUCUGAAUAACUUUUUUUACACACGUAACCGCCGCUCAGCUUUCGUUUCCAGGAUAUUUUAUUAUUAUUAUAUAAUUUGAAUUUUCAAAAUAUUCAUAAAAAGAUAUUUAUAAAUGCUUAAAUUUAACUUCACAGUGGUCGCAUUUUUAUAUGUAGUCCAAUCUAAAGCUAAUUCAUUGAUGAUAAUCAGUUUUAAUAUAAAUAAGAAUAUGAAAUAGGUAAAUUUAAUUCCGACCAGACGAGCAUAAAGGAAUUUUCGAAAAUCUCACAAACUAAGGCCAUGUAUACAUAGCCCAAACUUAAUCCAAUACUAACGCAACUUUAGAAAUACUUUUACCUGUAUCUUGGGAACAAAGGCCGAGCGGCGGUUACAUGUACAAUAUAAAAGAAAGUGUUCAGAAUAUUGACCUUGGCAACAUAUUUCGAGCUCAUUGAAAUCGGUGAGGUGUGCCCUUUUCUAUAUAAUUACCAAAAUUAGUAUAAAUACAGUUAACAUUUUACACAUUAAGGAUGUUGAACAAUUUCAACACUAAAUAUUUUAAUAUGUUUUACGAAAUAAAAAUAAAUCUAUUUUUCUCUAUUAUUUUCUACAUAUAUUAAAAAUAUAUAUGUACGUCAAAUUUGUUCCUCUUUCAUUUACACUGUCGCUGAAAAUAAAAAAAUAUUAUUUCUGAUACUGAAUUGUAAUGCAUCUUUACCGUAUAAUACUUGAUAAUUAUAACAGAGUAAUCAGUAAAUUCUGAAAGUAAUAUACAAGUUGUUAUUUGCAACUGAAACAAAUUCUUCGCAUGUUUAAAAUAAUUAAAGUUGGAAAAUACAUAUUCGAAGGCAAAAUUAAACGAUGUCGAGUGACAUACAAGCUAUACCAAUUAAUUUAUCUGAAUAAUAUCUUUGAUUGUGGAAAAAAUUCACAGAAUAGUUUCUGUUUCGUUUAGCAACAAAAUAUGUUUCUCAAGGUCACAUCUCUCAAGAUUUCAAAACCACGAGUAUACUUUUUAGUAUCGCAUACAUUUUGAAACAUUUUCUUCUAUCUUCCUUGUUUUUUCAGAUAUUUGCCUAAGGCAGAAAAACGUUUCAGGCGAGAAUUGUAGUCUGUACGGUAAUAUCCUCGUACGUGUAUACUGAAUAUACUGAAAGGAUAGAUAUUGGGAUUUAUUUAACUUCCACUUUGGAAUAACUGAAAUCCUUAGUGAAGAUUAAUUUGAGAUUUUUAAAUGAAAAGCCAGCUUUUUCAUUAUAUGUCAUUAGCUAAUAUUAUAGCUGAUAUCAAAACAUUUUCAAAAUACUACUUACUCAUUUACUUUUACUUGAAUUAAUAUUAAUAUUCGCACGCAGCACUUUGUCUGCAUUUGUUGCUUUGUAUAGGAGGCGGUGAUGUAAAUAUCGUGUGGCUUCCUGCAGUUUGAAAAUACAUAAACUAUUUCUUCCUACCAAAAAGAGGUAAUAAUCAAAUAUUAUUAUCGUACCAUCUUUGAGAUACAUAAGUAUAAUAUGUUAUGCAAAUUUUUUUGCUACCUAAAUUCGGGUAGAAAAAGAUUUAAGAUUGAGCCCUGAAAAUACGGCUAUUCUCCGAUUUUGCGUUAUAACUCGCGAACUAUGUGAGAUAGAGAAGAAGUUUUCAGAGAAAAAUUACUCCGUUAAAUUAUGGCUAUCAUUUGAUAAAAAAUAUAUUAAUGUUAUAUCGAGUUGUAAUACAAAAUUGGAAAACAGCCGGAUUUUCCUGGGUCAAUGCCUGCCGCUUAGAGCAAAUUUAGGCGGGAAAAAAAUUGCGUAACAGAUAUAUAUAUUCUCUAUAUAUUCUCUACGUGUUCUUUGCGGACGUGUUCUUUUGUGAGUAACUGUAUUUACACGAACCACUUUUAAAAUAUGUAUAAACUUUCAGAUUGAUAUAGCGUUAAAGAUUAUUACUUACAUCUAAAAAACAGGUUUUUUUUAUUUAUUUAUUGUUGCACAAACUUACUGCCACUAGCAAUCGCUAUUAUUUACAUUGAUGAAAUUUUACUUAAAAAUUGCGUUACAGAUAAAGAACUGAGCAGACUGAUUGUACAAAGUUUUUCAAAUAAUAGUAUUUACAUUGUAA